AUGUCACUCAGGCGGCCUCAUCUUGGGUCUCUAACGCUACGUCCAUUAGGAUACAAUCGAGCUUCAAUCGUGGCACCCUCCAAACGAAAGUUUCACGCGUCGAAUCCAAACCGAAUGAUAGAUACCUCUGUCCUUGUUGCGCAUGAUGUUAUACAGGGAUUCCAUUCUAUUACUGGCCUGCCUUGGGUGCUAUCAAUUCCGCUUACUGCCAUUACAGUGCGGUGCUGCGUUGCUUUGCCGCUUCAAGUCUGGUCACUUUUAAAAGCUCGGCAAUUGCAGAAUUUGAACCCGCUUCUCAUUACUUGGAGCAGGAUAUGUCAGAAAAAAGCCAUGGACAAAGCCGUCAUAGAGGGUCGACACGUCUUUCCAAAGGCAGUAGAGCUUUCCUGGCAACAGGACUUCAAGCUGAAGAGGAAGGAGCUUUAUAAGAGGUGGAAGAUUCGUCCUUGGGCAAGCUAUGCGAGCUUUCUGCAACUUCCCAUAUGGCUUGCUAUGAUGGAAAGCUUGAGAAGGAUGGUUGGAAUGUCAGGAGGUCUUUUAUCUAUCAUUCAAUCGUGGAUCGAAUCAAAAGCAGAUGCACAACCAGUUAUACAGGUCGAACCGUCCAUGGCAGCUGAAGGCGCCCUUUGGUUCCCGGACCUCCUCAUGGCUGAUCCUACACAUGCGCUUCCUAUCAUACUUGCGGCCACAAUGUUCACCAAUGUCACUUGGGGCUGGAAAGUUAAAUCUGCGGCUGAAAUCUCCAAGAUGCGGCGAAGUGAAGCAAUUCGAGAAAGGGCAUUCAAAAUCCUAAAGAGGAUCUUGCAAGGACUAUCUAUAUGGCUGGCACCAGUUAUGAUCUAUUCUGGUGCCCCGGCCGGCCUGUUGAUAUACUGGAUUUCAAGUUCUACCUUUGCAACUGCACAGACCCAAAUAGUGCGCAGGGUUAUACGAACGAAGGCGCCGCCCGCACCUUGCCGUGAAAGGAGUGUAGGGAGCAUCCAUGAUAAGUCUUCUACAGCAUUCAAAUGA